AUGAAGAUCUUGAUGCUACAUGGAUCCCGCCAAUCGGGAGAGCUCUUUCGUGCUAAGCUCCAGGCUUUAGAGAAAUUGUUCCAGCGGGCGUUUGGCCCUUUUCAACCCGGUACAAAUGAACUGAUCUACCCGACGGCCCCAUUCCCGCUAGUUUCGCCUAGUGGCACAUCCGAACUACGGGAUCGCCACGGCGCCUGGUCUUGGUUUCAAUCCGAGUCCAUUGACGGGGUUCUGCCCGGUCUCAAUGACUCUUUGCUCUCAAUUGCCUCUAUCUUAAAGGAGUCAGGCCCCUUUGACGGAAUCAUUGGAUUUAGUCAGGGCGGGGCUUUGGCUGCUAUGAUUGCCUCCCUUCUAGAAGAAAAUCGAUCUGAUGCUUUUACUCAAUUGAGCUCAGAGGGUGGCAUUGAGUUUCCAGAAGCCUUUGCUCAGCUCACUCAUCCACCACUCAAUUUUGUCGGGAGCAUCUCGGGUUAUGCUGUGUCCCACUUGGAUUAUUGUGCGUUCUAUAGCCCUGCUAUACGGACGCCCACGCUGCAUUUUCUCGGAAGUAUGGAUACUAUCGUAGAAGAAGAGGUCUCCAUGAAACUUGUACAUUAUUGUCAUGAAGGCAAUAAGACCAGUCCAAUCGUGGUACGGCACUCUGGUGGACACAUUGUUCCUGGUGGCAAGAAGGAGCUCAGUGUGGUCACGCAAUUUAUCAAGCUGCAUACAAGUUGA